AUGCCACUGACAAACCAAAGUUGCAACUACAUCAACGGUUCUGUUCGAAUAGAUGGGUCAUCGAACGUGACAUAUGAGCAGCUCGUGGAAGCGUUCCACACCACUGAAACCAUCGAAGGUUCACUGGAAAUCGUGAACACGUCCUUCAAGAAUCUCAGCUUUUUCAAGCGGUUACGGCAACUGAAGCCUCGUUCAACAGAAGGAUAUGACCUGUUGAUAGCGAACAACACCAAACUGGAGUCGAUGGAUGGUGUACUCCUGCCGUAUGAUCAGGAAGUGCGCAUUUUGGACAAUCCGCUUCUCGUAAUGGAUUGUACACAUGUUUUGACGUACUACAGUAUAGUCAGGAGAAUACGCGGAAACAAGAACAACUGCGGGUGUGAACUCGAUGGGCGGCUCACACAAGAAUCCGUGCUUGCACUGGACGAUAACUGCCCGCUCAUCUAUGGCGAUUUCAUACUUACCUCCGACGACACUCCAAGCUAUGACACUUUAGUGCGAAAGUUUGCCACAGCCACUCGACUUCUUGGCCAAGUUGUCGUGAUAGGCACCGACUUUGCUGACUUAGGCUUUCUCGAAAAUGUGAAAGGAAUGGAUUCUUAUUACGCCACGAAUGGUAACCUUUUCAUUUUAAAAUUUGUGAUGUGGCGCAGCACUCGCUGUGGAAGAACAACGUAG